AUGCUAUUCAUCAGAAUAUUAAACCCAUUAUUGUUGAUGUUGCUUCUGCCUAUUUUUUCGCACUUCGCCGCAACCACAUCCGAAAAAGAUGGCUACACGAAGCUCAGCGAAGAGGAGGAGCAGCAGCUGGACAACUGCCGCGCCUGCAUGGCACUCACUGCUGUGUUCAUGGAGGAGGUUAUGAAACCAACGGAGAAAUUGCAGCAUCAACUCCACCAGCAGCAGCAGCAGGAGGGGAGCGCGCCCCGGACGCCGAAAAAUAGCGACGCUGUGCGGUCGGGUGAGAGGCAGCGGCUCGUCACGAAUGUACAUGAUGCCAUUGACAAGCUCUGCGACCGUGUAAAGGAAAGAAAUAACCAAGUAGACGCAUCAUAUGACAAAGGGAAAGAGGAGCGUGAUGAAAAGAGUGAAAGUACAGAAGGUGGGCCGAUAUGGUACGUAUCUGUCAACACAGCAGCGUGUGAGGUGGCAUUGGAGGAGGUGAGCGAGGCACUUGCGCGGGAAGCCUUUGCACAGUUGCUGCCGGAGCGCGUUGCUGGAACCCGCGGUGGUGGCCCAUCCGCUGUUUGCGAGCAGGAAAAUUUGUGCACCGCCCGGCUGUCACAACAUGUGAAGUCUGAAGAGGAGAAGGCAAAAGCGGAAUUGGAGAAGGAGAUGCGGCGGCAACGGGAGUUGAGUCGCAAGAACCCAAAGGAGACGUUGGCGUUGCAGCGUGCCGUUGCCGUGGGUGUCGGCAUUAUGGUCAUUGCGCUGUGGUUGCGGGGGCGACAGUCUGCGAAGCCAGAAGGUGACGUGAAGAAGGACUGA